CGGGACCCCAGAGGAAAGCAGCCCGGGCUGGGCAGCGGGUGCGGAGCAAAGAGCAGCCGAGAGCCGCUUUGCCAGCCGAGCCGAAGGAUGUCCUGCUCCAGCCUGUGUGUCCCCAGCUGCGGGGUGGUCACCCCGGCCCCUCUGGCUGACACCUGCAACGAGCCCUGCGUGCGGCAGUGCCCCGACUCCACGGUGGUCAUCCAGCCCCCGGCCUCGGUGGUCACCUUCCCCGGGCCCAUCCUCAGCUCCUUCCCGCAGCAGAGCACUGUGGGCUCGGCCGGAGCUCCCUACGUGGGAGCCGGCUCCGGGGGCGCCUUUGGAAGCCGUGGGGGCUAUGGGGCCUUUGGGGGCCUUGGGGGCUUUGGGGGCUAUGGAGGUUUUGGGGGUUAUGGCAGCUUUGGCGGUUUUGGGGGCUCUGGGAUCUGUGGCCGUGGGUCCAGGUCCUUCGGGGGCUCCUGUGGGCCCUGCUAAGCCCCAAAUCCCAGCGGAGUUCAGCGCUGCCCCUGCCCGCGGGCUCCUCCAGCAGCCCCUGCUGUCUUGUGCCGCCUGAGCCGGGGUGAAGCUGCAGCCCCUGCUCAGGGCCGGCCCAGCAGCCCCGGGAGCUGCAGGGUCCCCGUCACUGCCAGGUGACCCUGCAGAGCCUCGGCUGGCACCUUUGGGGCUCCCAGCACUGCCUCCAAAAGCUGCCCCCUCUCUGCCACACCAGCCCUCUGUGCCCAGCCUGGGCUGAGGCUCUGCCCUGCUCCGCCCUGCUCCGAGCCCCGAACUUGCCCUGGGAAGGGGCAAUCUCUGGGUUGGAGCCCUGGGCUGGGCCUCGCUGCUGCCUUGGGAUUUUCGUGUUUCCAAUGCCUUGCUGCUGGUUUGUCUCUUGCUGACACCGCCUGUGGCCUUUUCAUCCACAAUAAAGAAUCUGCAUUGCUGCAA